AUGGUCCAUUUACUGGAUGUGCAAUCCUCCAACGCAAAGAUUCAGACCGCACUCCCAGCGGGUCUCGUCGCGGUGUUUGUGGGAGGAACGAAUGGGAUUGGCGAAGCCGCCUUGAAGGAAUUCGCCCGAUCAGCGCGGUCUCCCCGCGCGUACUUCGUCGGCCGCUCCCAAGAAGCCGCAGCGCGAAUCACAGCAGAAUGCCGACAAUUGAAUCCUGAAGGAGAGUUCAUUUUCAUCAAAGCAGAUAUUAGUCUGAUUCGCAGUGUCGACGAUGUCUGCCGGGAGCUGAAAGAAAAAGAGCGUACUAUCAAUCUUUUGUUCCUGAGCUGUGGGACCAUCCGUUAUGGAGAAGAUACAUCCGAAGGUCUCCACAUUAUGACCGCAACUGCGUACUACGCGCGCAUCAGAUUCAUCGUCAAUCUCCUUCCCCACCUCAAGCACGCAACGAGUCUGCGCCGUGUCGUCAGCGUGUUAGCUGGUGGACACGAAGGACCUAUUGACACUUCAGACUUCCAAGGAAAGAACAUGUCUGUGCUCAAGCUGCGUGGACAUGUGGUCUCAAUGACCGAUAUGGCACUGGAAACACUGGCCGAGCAAGCGCCCGAAGUGACCUUUAUCAACGAUUAUCCCGGUACGGUUAAAACCGGGAUCGGUCGCGAUCCUAAUGCCUUUCUCACGUGGUUAAUGACCAUUGCUCUUCUUAUUAUUGGGCCUCUGAUCUACAUUCCCAUUCGGGAGUCUGGAGAGAGGCAUUUGUUCUUUGCAACGAGCGCGAAGUAUCCACCUCGAGCUGCUGUGGAUGAGGCUGCUGGGGUUCCUUUCGUCGGUGAGAUUGUCGUUGCUGAGGGGACUGAUGGGGGAAUUGGUAGUGGUGUUUAUAGUAUUCAUUGGGAUGGCGAACAUACUGGACCGAAGGUUGUUGGGUUGUUGUCUGGAAUGAGAGAACAGAAAAUGGCGCAAAAGGUCUGGCAGCACACAGUCACUGAGUUCAAACGAAUUACCGGGUCAGAUGUUGCUUGA